CUGGCCUUUACUAUGCCCACUGAAGUCCUCUGGGACCUCCAUGACUUCUAAAAGUCUGUGUUACAGUUCCGUAUUGCUGCAGGAGGACUGAAUCAGAAGAUGCUGUUGACAAGUUCAGCGGGUUUUAUUCUGUUCUUGCUGUCUCACUGCAUUGUGUCAGUGAGCACCAAAGAGGCAGUGGUCUUGGCUAAUGCCCACCUUCUCCCCCGAAGAGGCUAUGAGAGGCUGGGUAACACCAAUGAAAAAGACUAUCCAAGGGAUUGUUUUGAGAUUUUUCAGCGCUCCAAAGGAAAUUGCAGAGAUGGUCUUUACAUCAUCCAACCAAAGGAGGAGCCAAUUGUUGUCUCUUGUAACAUGCAGGAUGGUGGCUGGACAGUAAUCCAGCACAUUACAGCCAAUACUACUGUUGACUUUGAUAGGACCUGGCAGGAUUACAAAUAUGGAUUUGGCUCUGUUCAUGACAGCCACUGGUUAGGAAAUGAAUAUAUGCAUCAGUUAACUAGCAGCUCCGUGCAAUAUAUACUUGGAGUUAAACUUGUAAACCUAAAUGCUGAAAUCAAAUGGGGACAGUACGAACCAUUCCUUAUUGAAGAUGAAGAGUCUCAAUACCGAAUCAGGGUUGGUCUAUACAAAGGCAACGCCACUGAUGCUCUGACCCUGGACACAGAAGCUUAUCUCCAUGACAACCAGAAGUUCACCACCAAGGACAGAGACAAUGACAAUUACUUUCAGAAUUGUGCUAAACUGGAACACAAUGGUGUUCCUGGGGGAGGCUGGUGGUAUGAUGCGUGUGCUGGAGCAAAUUUAAAUCGUAGGAACAUGAUAUACUGGCAAAAGGACUGCAACAAGCAACGUGUGUGCAAGUUUGCGUGGAUGAUGAUCAAACCUAUUGAUCACAGGCUGCCAUACCCAACCAAGUCCUGUCCAUGCCAGAAAGUUGAACUGUAGGUAGGUUAUGCAUACUUUGAAAGGAGCAUGGAUUCUUUGUCCAGUGACUGAAGUGAACUCACACUGACUGGAUAAUCAUACUAAGUAAUCAUGAUUGAAAAUUUAAUUUGGGCCUCUGCAAGGGCUUUAUCGUAGCAUAUUGUCCAGCUACCAACUACACGAGUGAGAAGUCACUGUCAGAAACUGAGGCGUCUAUCAGAAAAUUAAUUUUACAGUAUUUUAGCCAUAAGAGGAGUCAGGAUAUGAUGUCUUGUCUGUCUCAUAUGAGAUAUACAUGCAUAUACGUGGAUUUCAGAAGGUCUUGCUCUACUAUGAAUGUUCACAGUUGAUCUCCUGUAAUUGCAUAUCUUCAUAUAUCAUGCAGGAAGAAAAUUUCCAGUGAAGUACCUACAUUUAUAAAAUGCAUAUUGGAGAGUGUUGUGUACCAUAGGGCAGCAUCAGGCCUUUCCUUUUUACCUUUAGUGAAAAAUAUUUUAAUACAUAAAAUUGGAAUUAACCUCAUCGCCCAUGGCUUCUUUUCCCUUUCAUUGACUCUUCUUUUUAUCUCUACUUUUUAAUGAUCCUAUACACAAUGAAGUAUUCAGUAUAGUUUUCUUUUCUUCUUUCUUUCUAGAGUGCCCAGAGCUAAUGGGCUCAUCAGCCCAUUUAAAGCUACUAAUCCGAACCUUACAAGUCCUCUGAAUUUUUCCCCAAGGAACUCAGUGAACACAUUUUUUAAAAGAUCAAAUCAAUUUUGCAAUUGUUUACUUAUUGCUUCAUGUCUUUUCUGAAUAUUACUCUACUUUGUUUACCAUGUUUUGACUGUUGCUUCUCCCUGUUCCAUGAUAUGUUCUCUUUUUUUAAUGCCACUGUGAGAAAAGAAGAGCACGUUGGCUUUAUUUCACAUUUGCUGCCUUCAAUUGUUUUGGCACUCAACCCUGACACUAUUUAAACAGUGCCUUUUUUCUGAUUAUAAAAUAAAAGGAGAAGCUUUAAAUUUCAUGACAAAUUCAUCUGUUUUAAAAUAAUAAAAGGAUUUCUGUUUUGAUAACCUUGAAGACCUUGUUUUCUUUACAGCUGUUUGAGUUACUUCACACAUUUCUGUAUCAUUGGAACAGCUGAAUGACAACUGAAGAGUUUUUAUUGUUGCAUUAUACAAAAUGUCAUGAUAAUAAUUAGAAUAUAGUGUAUGUUUUCUUAGAUAUUUCAGUUACAGAAACUCAACGAACAGAUACUGGCAAAAUCCUGCUUUUUAAUUUAAAAAUAGAAUCUCAUA